CCGAACGAAGGAGCUGCCGGAAAGGGACUCAGGUUGCCGUGGUUGAUGAGGACCAGAGGUGGAAGAUGAGGAGGAGGAGGGUUGUAUGUUUUCCUGAAAAGACAGCUGAUAGCAAGAGAGAAGACAUUUAAAGCAGGAUGCCCUGCUGUGAUUGGAUCAUGAAUUUCGUGGCCAAUUUUGGUUGGUUUACUGAAAAGUAAACGCCUCUUAACAGCUGAAUAGUUUUAGGAAGAAAUAGUGGUGAUUGAAGUUAUUUACAAGUCUUCCUGAAAGAAUUUGCGCUGAGCUCCAUUUUCCCUUUACAAAUUUUCCUAUUACAAUUUUUCAAAAAUGAUCAUUAUUCCUAUUUACAAAUGAUAUAUUUGCAGCCGUGCUGCCGGUCCCAUCACAACCUCCCCGGAGCGGAUCGCAUCAGCACCGGGAAGCCGCGGGGAUCUUCAUUGUUGCUGGAGACAACUGAGCUGCGCCUUGAUGCAUCAGAUGGAGUUCCACCGGCAACACACUUUCUACACUUUUCACACAUUCUGGCGAUUGAACUCUGGAAAAAGACAUGUUUAAAGCAGAAUGUCACACAUUCCCCUCUCAAGUUUGUCGGGACAACUGAAAUGACUUAGGCUAUGUUUAACUGUGUAUACUGCCAGACACGCACUACCUGUUUACAUGAGAUGUAAGCUGUUUUUCUCUGAAUGUAACCAGUCUGUAUUUCGCUUGUUUGUGGACGUGCGUAAAGGACGCCGCUGCUGGGAUUCCAUAAUUGCUUUGUGCUCGGAUUUUAUCAAAGGGAAAGAGAGAGAAAUUCGCCAAAUGAAGAAAAUCUAAGGAUGAACAUGCUGCAGAGGAAGCUUCACGACAAAACCUUAGCUCGAUGGAUGAGAAGCUUACACACAAGCACGUAUCCCUGGGAAUCUGAAAAAAACCUUUGCUGAUCACCACAUUACAUUUGAGCAAACAUCUGUACAACUGCUAAAAUCUAUGAAUAUUCAUAUUGAACAAUUAUACAUAGGAGAAGUAGAUUGUUUUCCUCAUCUGCAUUAUGUAACUGUAAAGUUCUGGCUUUCCAAUAUCAUCAAAGACACGAGACACAGCCAAGUUUCAGUACAAACCGCAAUUUAGAAGGCUUCACGUGGACUUGACAACCGAUAAGAGAGAGAUAACAAGCAAACAUUUUGUAUCUGUCAUCUUACAUGCAGCUCCACGCUUAGCUUUAUUGAAAAGGAGGAGCCCAUUAAAGCAAUUGAUAGAUAGGAAGGUUUGGUCUGAAAGUGUUGGUGCCGGCUGGCUGCUGGUUGGAGAUGAGAUAAGAGUCUUGGGAAGAGGGAAAAGGAGUGCCUGUCUGACAGGAGCUGAAUACAAAUUAGGAGUCUUCUCUCCUGCAGCUACACCAGUGAGACAAAUUAAUAUUGGAGAGAAGAAAUGGACAAAUUAACUGACUUCAAUUACAGGAGCAUUAGUUGUGGAAGGAAUGAGAUGUUUGCUGAGGGGGAAUAUAAAAUCACAUUGCAGUAUAAGGAAUAUUGCAAUGUGAAAUGAGGAUAAAACAGUUCUGCAUUUUCCACAGCAAAAACCAACAGUGGCAUGCCCUGUGUACUACCUUCUCUAGUGCCAUGCCUAAACUAAGGUGAUGAGGCUGGCUUAAACCUUGGAGACAAGGAGGUUUAAAAGUUGCAGAGGCGAGAUGGAGCUGGAUAAUAGUUCACUGGAUUACUUUACCAGCAACUUUACAGAGAUUCCUGACACUACAACAACUCCACCCUGGAGCAAGGCCACGCUACUCGGCCUCCAGAUCUCCCUGUCUGCACUGUUAGCUGUCGUCACCCUGGCUACCGUGCUCUCAAACGCCUUUGUCAUCGCCACCAUCUUUUUAACCAGGAAGCUCCACACACCUGCCAACUUCCUGAUUGGCUCCCUCGCCGUCACAGACCUGCUUGUGUCUAUUUUAGUCAUGCCAAUCAGCAUUGUCUACACUGUCAGCAAGACCUGGUCCCUGGGGCAGAUUGUCUGUGACAUCUGGCUGUCGUCCGAUAUCACCUUCUGCACGGCCUCCAUCUUGCACCUGUGUGUGAUCGCGUUGGACCGCUACUGGGCCAUCACAGACGCCCUGGAGUACUCGAAACGCCGCACCAUGCGUCGGGCAAUGAUCAUGGUUGGGGUGGUGUGGGUGAUCUCCAUAUCGAUUUCCAUGCCUCCACUUUUCUGGCGGCAAGCCAAAGCCCAUGAGGAGCUGACGGAGUGCAUGGUCAAUACAGAUCAGAUCUCUUACACCCUAUACUCCACCUUCGGCGCCUUUUACAUCCCCACAGUGCUGCUCAUCAUCCUCUAUGGACGGAUCUAUGUAGCCGCCCGCUCCCGUAUUUUCAAGACGCCGUCUUCUUCAGGGAAACGUUUCACCACAGCACAGCUCAUCCAGACCUCUGCAGGCUCCUCUCUCUGUUCUCUUAAUUCUGCCUCAAACCAGGAAGCACACCUACACUCUGGCAAUGUGGGAGGUGGGGGAGGAGGUGGAUCACCUUUAUUCAUGAAUAGCGUUAAAGUGAAGCUGGCAGACAGUGUGCUGGAGAGGAAACGUCUGUGUGCGGCUCGGGAGAGGAAAGCGACCAAGACACUGGGCAUCAUCCUGGGCGCUUUCAUUAUCUGUUGGCUCCCAUUUUUUGUGGGCACGCUCGUCAUGGCCAUAUGUAAAGAGUGCUGGUUUGAUCCAAUGCUUUUUGAUAUAUUUACCUGGCUGGGAUACCUGAACUCCCUGAUCAAUCCUGUUAUCUACACCGUAUUCAAUGAUGAGUUCAAACAGGCUUUCCAAAAACUCAUCAAAUUCAGAAGAUGCUUUUGAAAAAAAAUGUAUUCAUUAAAAUCUUUGGGAAAACAUGGAGUGAGAAAGACGAAGAGAAAACAAGAUAAUGAUGAUAAUGGAAGUACUGUACACUUAAAUCCAUUUAAA